CGUCACUGGCCAUCUCUCCUCCGUCAAAAAAAGCUUCUUCAGCUCCCGACCUCGUCUUCAGCUCCGAUCGCUCGCCGCGGCAGAUCCCGCCGCCAAGAAAGACGCCGGCGGACGGAGCGGGAGCGACGACCUCGCCGGGCCGCACGCACGCCCGCACGCACCACCACCUGCUGAAAUCCCUGCGUCGUCUCGCCGUGGUGCUAGGAAAAUUACUUCAGUUUCUACUCAGCAUUCUUGUGUGAUAAUGGCGUCAGCAGCAAUCUACAGCCUUUUCAUCAUUAACAAAUCUGGCGGCCUUAUAUACUACAAGGACUAUGGCUCAGCAGGUAGGACGGACACCAAUGACAGUCUACGCUUGGCAAGUCUUUGGCAUUCCAUGCAUGCUAUCUCCCAGCAGCUGUCCCCUACACAUGGCUGCGAAGGCAUUGACCUUCUACAAGCCCAUAACUUUGAUCUCCAUUGCUUCCAGUCCCUCACAGGGACAAAGUUUUUUGCUGUAUGCGAAACUGGUGCUCAAAAUAUCGAGACACUACUGAAAGUCAUAUACGAGCUCUACACGGAUUUUGUUUUGAAAAAUCCAUUCUACGAGAUGGAGAUGCCAAUUCGUUGUGAGCUUUUUGAUCUCAACCUGGCUCAGGUCAUUCAGAAGGACCGCGUCACACUUCUGGGUCGAUGAAUCAUUUAGAAAACAUGAUGCACCAUGUCUUUGUAAUUUUUCGGAUUCCUGCACUGCCUUUGGAUUUGCUCAGCCACAAACCAAAGUAUUCUUUCGUAUGUGUUGCUGAUAAUUAAUGAUAUGAACAUCAUGAUGUAUUGCUCACUUACUCAUCUGUAAAUCUCUUAUAAGGUGCUGGAUCGUAGCAUUUUGCAGACAGAACUGUUUAGACUCUGAAUUGUUCAGCCUGAA